CAGAGAAUAAGGAAGAAGCAUGAAGUCACUACAUUUAAUCAGCACUGUGUUCUUGCUGAACCUGGGGAUCUACCAGUUUACUGAAGCCCAGAAUACCUGUGGAAAAAAUGCAGGGAAUUCCAAUCGGAUUGUGGGAGGGCAAGAAGCAAUUCAAGGCAGGCACCCAUGGCAGGUGUUUUUGUGGCAUCCUGGUUUCAGCCUAUGUGGUGGCACUCUCAUCAGCAACAACUGGGUUGUGUCAGCAGCUCAUUGCUUAACAAAGUUAAAUGCUUCCUCUCUCAUCGUUAUUCUGGGGGCACACAACCUAAGUGGAAACAACAAUGAGGAAAUUUCUGUUCCAGUGAAAAGGAUUAUUAUACAUCCUAAUUACAAUGAAACAACUAUUACUAAUGACAUUGGCCUAGUGGAGCUGACAAAGAACGUAUCUUUUACAAACUACAUCAUCCCAAUUUGUCUCCCUACACCUUCCAUUGUGUUUCCCCCUGGAAAAAGUUGUUGGGUGACUGGCUGGGGAGCCACUGAGUACAACAGUAGCAAGACAUUACCGAACACUCUGCAAGAAGUGAAAGUCCGUUUGCUAAGUGCAGAGCAGUGCAAGCCUUAUGACACAGGUAGAAUUAAGGAAACCAUGAUAUGUACAAUGGACAUCAAAGGUGGAAAGAGCCCCUGUAAGGGUGACAGUGGAGGGCCCCUUGUUUGUUCAGAGAACAAUAUUUGGUACUUGGUCGGAGUGGUGAGCUUUGGAUAUCGUUGUGGAGUGGAAUAUGACCCCAGCGUGUAUACGUAUGUUCCUGCCUAUAGGGACUGGAUUGGGAACUUUGUCUCUACCAGUGUCUUUAGUGUCUCUAGUGGCUCAGCAAGUAUAGGAUUCACAUCUGGACUGUCACACAAGAGCCUCAGCUUGAUGCCCUUCAUCUUUUCUCUCUGCUGUGUGCUGCUGGGGGAUCUUUGGUUUGUUCUGAGGUUUGGCUGAGGUCGAGAAAUUUGGAAAUGGAUCAUUACACUCUCCUAAAUGACCAUGAAAGAUAAUUUAAAAAAGAAAAAACAACCUCCCCCGGAGUUUUACUGAAGUGUCUAAAUUCAUGUGAACUCUUAAUUCAGACAUAUGUAUUAAUGUAACAGCAAUAUUUAGCGGUUUAGCAGAAUAUUAAUGUACACAUGACAUCAUUUUACUAACAAAGAAGCGAUUCCUUGUGUUACCUUUUCCUUCUUGCCAAUUCAUAUUGUGCCCCCAGGCCCUAGCCAUAUACCUCUUUCAUAAUAUGCUUCCGUUCCCUUGAUAUAUCUGAAUGUUCCCCAUGGAAUUUGGUUGCAUCUUGGCCAUAACUGCCUAACCCCAACUCUGCCCUCAUUCUGCAACAGCCCAUUCUCUGCCAUUCUUUCUGCUCAAUAUCUGAGGACAUAGGGUGACGGUUCUAUGAAUUUUAAUGGAGUAAGUAAGUAAGUAAGUAAUCUUUUGGGUGACAGAAGGUGAUAAACCUGUUACUAAGGGUGACCAGGUCAGGGUGACAAAAAAUAUGUUUUUUAUCUUUGCAUAUUUACAUUUAUCAGCUGGUUACUA